UCGUUGCCUCCCCAUCUGACUCUGCCCGUGACGUCUUCAACUCAACCACGAAGCAUCUCAGACGCGUACACCUCCCGUAUGAGCAUCGUACGUUCUUGUUUUGUAAAUUGAGAUGCUAACGGGCAGACACUUCGUUAUCGCUCCCGGCUAGGGACAGCCAGGGCAACCUUUCAAGCAAGUGAUGACUUUCGUAGUGUCCACGAAGCCAUUGCGCAAGCGCUCCCCUCAGCCGACCCAGCUUCCCUUGCACUCUGUGAUAAACCCUCUGGCCCCUUCACCUCCUUCAAUACACUCCAUGGCAAGACUAUCGCUCAGCUCGGUAUGAAGCAUGGGGAUAUGCUCUUCCUCCAAUUCAGCGAUCGUGCAUCAGACAUGCCAACAGAGACGGAACCUGUCAAAGCAACGGCGCAUAAACUCUCUGGUGCCUCUGUACCCAUCAAACCAUCUACGCGACCACCUGCCGUAUCAGCAGAUGCGUGGAAGACGGUGAAACAGCACCCCGUGGAUGAUCAGCUAGAAAAGCAAUCUGGCAAGAUCCCAAGGACGCGCGAUCGGAUGUGUAAGCAUGGCCCGAAAGGCAUGUGUGACUACUGCAUGCCUCUUGAACCCUUCGAUGCGACGUACCUAGAGGAACACAAAAUCAAGCAUGCAUCCUUCCAUGCACACCUCAAAAAGGUCAAUAGCGCAACCAAUAAGCCGGAACUCAAUAGCUCCUUCAUUCCACCACUUAGCGAACCAGUGGUCACAGUCCUGCCGAAUUGCACAACAGGACACGCCCCUUGGCCCGGUGGUAUCUGCAGCAAAUGCCAACCCUCCGCAGUCACGCUUCAACGCCAAGAUUACCGAAUGAUGGAUCAUCUUGAAUUUGCGAAUCCAACCAUUGUCGACAAAUUCUUGGACUAUUGGCGGAAAUCAGGGCAUCAGCGAUUUGGGUUUUUAUUCGGUACUGUGCAAGCCUAUGAAGGUGUUCCCCUGGGUCAAAAAGCCGUUGCCCAAGUGAUUUACGAGCCACCACAAGCGUGCCAUGCUGAUGGUAUUGAACUUUUACCCUGGGAAGACCGUGCGCUCGUCAUGCAAGUUGCUGAGCGAUGCAAUCUAGAAUUGGUGGGUUGCUUAUUUACCGAUUUGACCGAUGACGGGUCAGGCAAGGGUACCGUCCUGCGGAAAAGACAUAUUGAUUCUUUCUUCCUCUCAAGUUUGGAAGCACAACUUGCUGCCUUGUUUCAAUCUGAGCAUCCCUGCAAGUCACAUUGGGCAGCGAACGGGCGGUACGGCUCGAAAUUCAUCACUGCCGUGGUCUCUGGGAGUCCUGAUACAGGCGCUAUUGACAUUGCUCCUUACCAAAUCUCAGAACAAGGAGUUGCCUUGUUCUCUGCACAUGUUGUCGAACCCAGCACAGACCCAAACACUAUUUUGGUAUGCAAGGAAGAAGACGAUGCAAAGGUAUACAUUCCUGAAGUGUUUUACUCAAAAGUCAAUGAAUAUGGGCGACAGGUCAAGGAGAAUGCCAAGCCUGCAUUUCCAAUGGAAUACUUACUUGUGACGCUCACGCACGGAUUCCCAAAUGAGCCGCAAGAGCGAUUUGGUGCGACGUUUCCUAUUGAGCAUCGUGGUGCGAUUGGCGAAGCUGGCGAUCUCGCAGCUGUUGCGAAGCAGUUGAAAUUAAGUGAGUCUGCUACACAAUCAGGCCAGGCAUCCAUCAAGGCCAUUCAAGAUUUUCAUCUCGUCUUGUACCUCGCUUCACUGGAUAUCCUCUCAAAACAAGAACUUGGCAUGCUUUGUGAAACGGCCGCAACGGGCAGUAUGGAAAAGGCACAGGGACUGAUUGAGUCUGGUGGGUGGCAAACGCUCUUGGCCAUUCUCGAAGAAUCGACUGGCGGAUGAUGCAGGUGCAUUGGAGAGUUUGACGAUUGACAGUGAUUCAGAUACGACGCGACAAGCAGC